GCAUCUUCCUCGGCAACAAGAGGGACAUCGAGGAGCACAACGCCGGCAACCACAGCUUCCAGAUGAGCCUGAACCAGUUUUCGGAUCUGACCUUCACGGAAUUUAAAAAAUUGUACCUGUGGAGAGAGCCCCAGAACUGCUCGGCCACCAAGGGGAAUUUCCUGCGCAGCUCCGGGCCACCUCCCGACUCCAUCGACUGGAGGAGGAAGGGAAAUUACGUGACGCCAGUGAAAAGCCAGGGCACCUGCGGGAGCUGCUGGACCUUCUCCACCACGGGCUGUUUGGAGUCUGCUAUUGCCAUUGCGACAGGAAAGCUCCUCUCUCUGGCAGAACAGCAGCUGGUUGACUGCGCUCAGGCUUUUAACAACCACGGCUGCAGUGGGGGCCUGCCGAGCCAAGCCUUCGAGUACAUCUUGUAUAACAAGGGGCUGAUGGGCGAGGACACGUACCCGUACCGGGGCAAGAACGGCACCUGCAAGUUCCAGCCGGAGAAGGCGAUCGCGUUCGUCAGGGAUGUGAUCAACAUCACGCAGUACGACGAGGACAGCAUGGUGGAAGCUGUGGGGCUGCACAACCCGGUGAGCUUCGCCUUCGAGGUGACGGGCAACUUCAUGCACUACAGGAAGGGGGUCUACUCCAACCCACGAUGCGAGCACACUCCCGACAAGGUGAACCACGCCGUCCUCGCGGUGGGGUACGGAGAAGAGAACGGGACCCCUUACUGGAUCGUGAAGAACUCCUGGGGCCCGCGCUGGGGCAUGGAUGGGUAUUUCCUUAUCGAACGAGGCAAGAACAUGUGCGGCCUUGCUGCUUGUGCGUCCUACCCGGUGCCGCAGGUGUGA